AUGUCAACCCGACGAGUGCAUUUUUCGAGUCCUCUAGAAACUACUCAGCAACACGUGGCCUCGGCUGAAUGGUGGGGUGAUUUUGUGCCCAUAGACCAGUGGGAGCCCCCAAGGGUGUGGUCACAAUUCCAGCACCUGCAAUUUAGAAGAUACGACAUGAGUCCGGAGACUCGGAUCGAGACUCUCGACAGCUGCAUCGGAGAUUUGACUCCCAAUGAAUAUGAGCACUCUUUUGCCGGGGUGGAGGAGUCGAUUCAGGAACUGGCUGCCAUGUUUGACAAGUCCCGGGGCAUGUCCGAACCAUCAAAACCUGAACGGUCUGCAGACUUGGACAAAGAGGUCGACGGGCUGGUAGACGACAGUCCAUCAUACGAUCUCGGGUGGAACGUCCCAUCCGCUGCAUCGUCCAGCAACCCAUCUCCCUCGGUAGAUGAUAACACCGGAGAUGACGGUGAUGAAGAAGGCCCAGGGUAUGAUCUCGGGUGGGGCCCGAAUGUGACUUCGGGUCAACCACCCGAAGUUGUGAUGUACGAAGACAAUGUGCCGGCAUAUGAUCUCGGGUGGGGAUUGACACAUUCAGGUGAACAGCCCAUUCAGCAAGAUGUGAUCGAUGGUGCCGGCGAUGGACAUGGGUAUGACCUCAGAUGGGGACCAGCACCUGCUGGUGAACACUGGAUGGAAGAAGAAGAUGAUGAUGACGACAAACCCUCAUACAAUCUCGGGUGGGGGUCAACACCUGCGAGUGAACACCCGAUGCAACAAGAGGUCGUUGAUCUCACGGGUGAAGAUGAACUGUCGUAUGAUCUCGGGUGGGGAGAACACCAAGUAUGGUCAACAGCUUUGAGUCCGCUCAGCCCCAUACCGGCCUCAUUGGGCCCAAUGGACUUGGACACCAACAAUGGGGAGGGCCGCAGUUAUGAUGAAGCCAAGGAUGCUAUUCUCCGGGAGAACCACCGGCUGAAAGCCAUCAGCAGCGACAUGAUCCAUGACCGCGAUCUCUCUCAGGGACCGGCACAAAUCCUCAUGGACAAUCGGCGCAUCCUCGGGGGGUUCGCAGAGGCCCGGGAUCGGGUGACCGCAGUUGGUAUGGACAUGUGCAGGCUCCACCACAUGAUCCAACUUCAACGCCAACUGUUGAAAUCAGUGGACCAAGUCAUCAAAUCUCUGGAGAAGUCGGAGCAGUAG